AUGUCGUUUCUCUACCGGAGUGUUAGAAGGUUUUCCCAAAGCAACUCAGUGUGGACACUGUGCUGGCCGAGCUCCCAGUAUGGCCCGCUGCGGGUCCAGAGGUCAGAAAUGAUGAACGGCAUCAAGAUUGCCGCUGCGAAGGCCAUGGGGAAUCAGAUGGCGGCUUGCACUAUUAUGUUUCAGGCGGGAUCCCGCUUCGAGACGAAAGACGACUUUGGCGUAACCCAUUUCCUAAGAGCGACGUCACCAGCUUCCGGGUGUGGGUAUACCGCUUUCUCGAAGAUGAGAGUGUUACAGCAAUCUGGAGCACAUCUUACAGUUACCUCUAAUAGGCAAUACGUUGCCUACACGUUGGCCUGUCCCCUCCCUGUGUUUACUGAUGUUAAAUACUAUUUACUGGACACGGCUGCCAGGAUGAGUUACAACCAUUGGGAAAUCGAUGACUGCAUGCCGCAAGUCAGGGAUGACUUAUUUAGAUUAACACCAGAACAACUCUGUAUUGACCUCGUUCAGAAAGCCUGCUGGGCGGGACCCUUAGCCAAUUCUAUUUAUUGUGAGGAGAGCAGGGUCGCAAGCAUGUCACACGAGAGAAUGUGUGCGUUUGUUUAUGAAAACUUCAAGUCUUCUCAAUGUACAGUGGCGAGUGUCGGAGUGCCUUUUGAAGAGACUUUGGAAAUAGCUGAUAAUAUUGAAACUUCAAGGAUUAGGCCACCAGAACGCCCACAGAUGACUUCGAGGCCGAAAGCUGGGUUUGAGUACUGUGACCUAGGUGCUGGUAAAGAUACUUGUAUCGCAGCAGUCGUGCCUGGCUGUGGAACUUAUGAUGUGACGGACCUUUUCAAGCAUGCAAUAAUAGCAGCCGCGUGUGGUACCGGUAACAUGAGUUCUGGCCAGCACGACCUGGACCGCACCCCACAGGGCCCGCUUGGUCUCAUGGCAGGGGACGACAUCUAUACCAACUACAGAGCGUUUAAUAUAUCGUAUAUGGAGACGGGGGUUUUUGGUAUAUUAUGCAACACUCGUGCACAGUCAGCCUGCCAGAGCGCUAGCGCACUCGUCGAGUUUCUCACAAACGUCGGUGCUUUGGACUUUAAACAAAUUCAAAUAGGGAAGAAGAGACUAAAAGUAAAUCUAGCUCUCCACGAAGAAGACGCAGCAACAUCGUCUGAAGGCCUGGCGCUGCAGCUCGCCAGUAACAUUCAGCUGGACAGCGUGGUCGACUGCUUCGCUAUGAUAGACGCGAUCACUGUGGAUGAGAUAGCGUGCACUGCUAAAUGUUUGUCGACUAAAAUUAAUCAGAUGGCAAUGGCUGUAGUAGGUGAUGUUGGUGCUGUUCCUCAUGAUAGAGAGUUGUUAAAAAUUAAUAAUUAA